AUGGUCAAGGAAACGAAGUUCUAUGACGUCUUGGGCGUUGCCCCCGGAUGUUCAGAGGCCCAACUGAAGACUGCCUACAAGAAGGGUGCUCUCCGGUUCCACCCUGACAAGAAUGCCGACAACCCCGAGGCCUCAGAGAAGUUCAAGGAACUGUCCCACGCGUACGAGUGUCUUUCCGACCCCGAGAAGCGUCAACUGUACGACCAGCUCGGUGAGGAGGGUCUGGAGCACGGUGGUGCGGGCGGUGGCAUGAACGCCGAGGAUCUGUUCUCGCAAUUCUUCGGUGGCGGCGGCGGUGGUCCCUUCGGUGGAAUGUUCGGCGGCGGUGGUGGUAUGCGCGACCCCGGUCCCAAGAAGGCCCGCACAAUCCACCAUGUGCACAAGGUCAACCUGGAGGACAUCUACAAGGGCAAGGUGUCCAAGCUUGCUCUGCAGAAGUCCGUUAUCUGUGGUGGCUGUGAUGGCCGCGGCGGUAAGGAGGGUGCCGUCAAGGACUGCACAGGCUGCAACGGUAGUGGUAUGAAGACCAUGAUGCGCCAGAUGGGUCCCAUGAUCCAGCGCUUCCAGACCGUCUGCCCUGACUGUAACGGUGAGGGUGAGAUUGUCAAGGACAAGGACCGCUGCAAGAAGUGCAGUGGUAAGAAGACCGUUGUGGAGCGCAAGGUGCUCCACGUCCACGUCGACAAGGGUGUGCGCGACGGCCACAAGAUCGAGUUCCGCGGUGAGGGUGACCAGAUGCCUGGUGUCAUGCCCGGUGACGUCGUGUUUGAGAUCGAGCAGAAGCCCCACCCCCGCUUCCAGCGCAAGAACGACGACCUGUUCUACCAGGCUGAGAUCGAUCUGCUUACCGCCCUUGCUGGUGGUGCUAUUCACAUCGAGCACCUCGACGACCGGUGGAUGACCGUCAACAUUGCCCCUGGUGAAGUUAUCACUCCUGACGCCAUCAAGGUCAUCCCCGGCCAGGGUAUGCCCUCGUUCCGCCACCACGACCACGGCAACCUGUACAUCAAGUUCGAUGUCAAGUUCCCCCAGAAGGACCAGCUCCAGAACCUGGACCUCCUGGAGAAGGUCCUCCCCCUCAACCAGCCCCCCGCCGACGCCAUGGUUGAGGACUUUGAGCUGGAGGGCAUCGAAAGCAGCGAGGGCGAGAAGGCCCGCGCCCACGGUGCUGCCGCCGCUGGCAUGGAUGAGGAUGAUGACGAUGUGCCCGGUGGUGCCGAGCGCGUGCAGUGCGCUUCGCAGUAA